GCGGGGCUGGGGCGGGGAGCCGAGGCGGGAGGGGCGCUCCCCCGCCCCCGGAGCGGAAUCCUCCCGGGAGCCGAGCAGGCUCGCGCGCGUGCAUCCCGCACCAUUCCCCGGCCCCCGGCCCCGGCCCGCGUCAGACUGAGCUGGCGCCGCCGCCGCCGCCACAGCAGCAGCAGCGCUCGGGGAUCCGGGCCCAGCCGGGGCCGCGGGAGGCGGGGGCGCCCGGGCCCUGGAUGUCCCGCAGCGCAGCGGCCAGCGGCAGACCCAGGAGGCCUGAGCAGCAUCUGCCCCCAGCCCCCUGUGGGGCCCUGGGGCCCCCAGAAACCUCCAGGACGGAGCCAGACGGGGCGGGCACCAUGAACAAGUUACGACAGAGCCUGCGCCGGCGGAAGCCAGCCUACGUGCCUGAAGCGUCGCGCCCGCACCAGUGGCAGGCGGACGAGGACGCGGUGCGCAAGGGCACGUGCAGCUUCCCGGUCAGGUACCUGGGCCACGUGGAGGUGGAGGAGUCCCGGGGGAUGCACGUGUGUGAAGAUGCUGUGAAGAAGCUGAAGGCGAUGGGCCGGAAGUCUGUGAAGUCGGUCCUUUGGGUGUCAGCCGAUGGGCUCCGAGUGGUGGAUGACAAGACCAAGGACCUGCUGGUCGACCAGACCAUCGAAAAGGUCUCCUUUUGUGCUCCCGACCGCAGCCUGGACAAGGCCUUCUCCUAUAUCUGCCGCGAUGGGACCACUCGCCGCUGGAUCUGCCACUGUUUCCUGGCGCUCAAGGACUCCGGAGAGAGGCUGAGCCACGCUGUGGGCUGUGCCUUUGCAGCCUGCCUGGAGCGGAAACAGCGGCGGGAGAAGGAAUGCGGGGUCACGGCUGCCUUCGAUGCCAGCCGCACCAGCUUUGCCCGUGAGGGCUCCUUCCGCCUGUCUGGGGGUGGGCGGCCUGCUGAGCGAGAGGCCCCCGACAAGAAGAAAGCAGAGGCAGCAGCUGCCCCCACUGCGGCUCCCGGCCCUGCCCAGCCUGGGCACGUGUCGCCGACACCGGCCACCACAUCCCCUGGUGAGAAGGGUGAGGCAGGCACCCCAGUGGCUGCAGGCACCAGUGCGGCCGCCAUCCCCCGGCGCCAUGCCCCCCUGGAGCAGCUGGUUCGCCAGGGCUCCUUCCGUGGGUUCCCAGCGCUCAGCCAGAAGAACUCGCCUUUCAAACGGCAGCUGAGCCUACGGCUGAAUGAGCUGCCAUCCACGCUGCAGCGCCGCACCGACUUCCAGGUGAAGGGCACAGUGCCUGAGAUGGAGCCUCCUGGUGCCAGUGACAGCGACGGCAUCAAUGCUCUGUGCACACAGAUCAGCUCAUCUUUCGCCAGUGCUGGUGCACCAGCCACAGGGCCACCGCCAGCCUCGGCAGGGACUUCUGCUUGGGGUGAGCCCUCCGUGCCCCCUGCAGCUACCUUCCAGCCCGGGCACAAGCGGACUCCGUCGGAGGCCGAGAGGUGGCUAGAGGAGGUGUCCCAGGUGGCCAAAGCCCAGCAGCAGCAGCAGCAGCAGCAGCAAGCAGCCUCGGUGCCCACCGUGGCCCCUGUCCCGCAGCCCUUCCCUGCCCCCGUGGGGCCCUUCGAUGCCGCGCCUGCCCAGGUGGCCGUGUUCCUGCCGCCUCCACACAUGCAGCCCCCUUUCGUGCCCGCCUACCCAGGCUUGGGCUACCCGCCCAUGCCCCAGGUGCCCGUGGUGGGCAUCACACCCUCACAGAUGGUGGCCAACGCCUUCUGCUCGGCCGCCCAGCUCCAGCCCCAGCCCGCCACCCUACUUGGGAAAGCUGGGGUCUUCCCACCCCCUGCCGCGCCCAGUGCCCCUGGGGGCCAGGCCCGCCCACGCCCCAAUGGGGCCCCCUGGCCCCCGGAGCCAGCACCCGCCCUGGCCCCCGAGUUGGACCCCUUUGAGGCCCAGUGGGCAGCGUUAGAAGGCAAACCCGCUGUAGAAAAGCCUUCCAACCCCUUCUCGGGCGACCUGCAGAAGACCUUUGAGAUUGAACUGUAGCCCGAGCCACCCUGCCCACCCGUCAUCUCCAGGUGCCCCACGCCUGGGAGUGGAGGCGCAACCUCUCCCCUAGUCCU